AUGUCUCAGGUUGAAUUUGAAAAAGCUACUUCAGAAGUCAAAGACCUAAAGUCUAAACCAAAUGAUGAUGAGAUGUUUUUCAUCUAUUCCCACUACAAACAAGCAAUAGUUGGAGAUAUAAAUACAGACCUCCCUGGCAUAAUGGACUUCAAAGGCAAGGCAAAAUGGGAUGCUUGGAAGUCUUUGAAAGGGAAAUCCAAAGAAGAUGCCAUAAAAGCUUAUAUUCAAAAAGUGGAAGAACUAAAGAAAAAUAUAAAAGAAAUUGGAUUCAGUCACCAGCCAUACCGUGCAUUUGCAAGCUAAACUAAAAUAAUGU